AUCUGGGUUACCAUUAAUGAACAGGAAGCAUCUCCCACAAAAGAUAUUUUGCCAUCCUUAGCUUGUUCAGAAUUAUCUGUAAUUUCUCAAUUAUCUGCUUCAACUAUUGAAACUUACUCCAAUGAAGAAAAUUAUAUAGGCCCUGUGGAUCCAAAUCUGAAUGAAACAAAAUUUCAACCCAGCAAUGCUAACUUUACGCUUUUAUAUGAAAAACUUUGCAAUGCUAUAAUUCUUGCUGAUCGUAAAACCCAAGAAGCUAUAAUGUGUUAUUGCCUAUUUGGAAAGGCCCUUAUUCAAAGACAUAAUGAAAUAGCAUUAGAAAAACAAGUUGAUCCAGAAUCCAAUAUUGUUAGUAGAAUUUUAAAUAAAGAAAUAAAAACACAGUUACCCACAGAUACUUCUGAUAGCCUUUUAUGUAAGAGAAUCAAAAAAGCAAAGAAGCUUUAUAAACUUUUUGAUGCAAUAGAUAUGGAUAAAAUUUAUUGCAUUCAUUCUGUUUCUGCUGACACAUUCAAAUUGAGUUACAUAGUGAUGAGAAAAAUCCUAAGCAUAUGA